AUGGCCGAGGAGAAGACCUUUCGUUAUGGUUUCAUCAUCCUGGGUUUCUUCCUGGUGAUGACGGGGAUGUUCAUCAUGAGCGUGGAAAAGCCCCAGAUCUACAUCACCUUCUGCGCCCUGGGCGUCCUGCUCGUAGCCGUGGGCAUCACCUGGAGCAUGUGCCAGUGAUACCCGAAGAUAACGUUCAUCCCCGUGGACCUUGAGGCCGAGCGGUUCCUGGACCACAAACCCUUCGUGCUGCUGGAGAAGGACACCCGCUUGCAGACACCCUGCCCCAAUAAAGAGGCCACCAGCACCUACGAGAAAAGCCUGCCAUCCUACGAGCAGAUCCAAAGGCAGGCUGUGGGCUCAGCCCAACUCGCACCCAGUGCCCAGCCCAGACCCCGCAGCUGCUCCCAGCUGUCCGUGCAGGCAAAAGCAGAGGUCCACUGGGAACUGGGGAGUGCCGGAGAAACUCCCCCAGAGUCAGCGCCUCGGCUGGAAAUGGCGACAAGCAGCUGCCCUCCCCAGCCAACUCAGGGGGAUGCUCCUCUGGUGUCCCUCCUGGAGGACAUGGACACGCUGUCCCUGGAGGACUCCGUACCCGGCAGUCCCAUGCCACAGGGCCGGUCCCCCCCACCAUCCGCUGCCCGCUCUGGCUGCUCCCCAACCAGCUCCCCAGCGAGGGGACGGUACUCUGGUUCACCCCGCAAAGGCACCGGGGAGGAGGAUGACCUCUAUUACGGGCUCCAAGAGGGAAUGGAUGCUCUGCUCGAGGAGAGCGACUGCCUCUUUGAGCCUGAAGACUGA